AUGUCUCAACACGACGUUGCUGCCUCCUCCUCGAGCAAUACCAGCACCACCUCCUCAACUAAUACUCCGAAAUCACAAAACGAUGACCUCAUCUUUGCCAAAGAUCCAGAUACUAAAAUCAUUUGGUUAGAUGGUUGUUUUGAUAUGAUGCACUUUGGUCACGCAAAUGCCAUCAGACAAGCCUACAACUUGUUCCCAAAGGUUAAACUUUUGGUCGGUGUUCACUCCGAUGAGGAAAUUCUCAGACACAAGGGACCAACAGUGAUGAAGGCUCAAGAACGUUAUGAACAUGUGAGAAGUUGUAAAUGGGUUGAUGGAGUGAUUGAAGAUGCUCCUUACGUGACGGAACUUGAAAUGCUCAAAAAGUAUAAUGUCGACUAUUGUGUUCAUGGUGAUGAUAUUUCCUUUGAUGAGAACGGAGAAGAUUCAUACAAGAGUAUCAGACAAGCUGGUUUGAUGAUGAUUGUUCCAAGAACAGAAGGUGUGAGCACCACAGAUAUUGUCGGAAGAAUGUUGAAAUUAUCCAAGUACAGAGAAUUGGUAGAGCAAGGAAUUGAUCCAAGCACCAUGGGUGACGAAUUGAAACCACAAAGCGAAAUUGAUCAAACUUCUGUUUCACCUUAUACUCGUACUAGACAACAUUAUCCAUCUGUUCAUCAAAUUCGUCAAUUCUCGGAGAAGAUGAAUCCACCUCCACCAGGAGCAAAGAUUGUCUAUGUCGACGGUGCUUUUGAUAUGUUCCACACUGGUCACGUAGAAUUUUUGAAGGAAGCCAGAAAAUUUGGAGAUUAUCUCAUUGUAGGAUUGCAUGAGGAUAAGGUCAUUGCUCAAUUUAAAGGUCCUCAUCACCCAAUCAUGAAUAUUCAUGAAAGAUUAUUGAGUGUCUUGUCAUGCAGAUAUGUCGAUGACGUCAUCAUUGGAGCUCCAUUCAUUGUUACUCAAGAUUUAAUUGAUGUUAUGAAGAUUUCUGUGGUCAUCUCGGGAACUGUUAAGGAACCAGAAGUCAAAGUAGAUCCAUUUGAAUUGCCAAAGAAACUAGGAAUUUACCGACAAAUUGAGUCACCAUGUCCAGAACUGACCACCACAAAUAUCAUCAAUCGAAUUAUCGAUAACGCAAAAAGAUACGAAGAAAGAAACAGAAAGAAGCAAGCUAAAGAAAUUCAAGGCAUUGCCAACUUGAACACCAACUAA